AUGCCCAUUGAUGCUAUUGUAUUCACUACAAUUAGCUUUGGUAUUGCAGGAACCACAUUAAUUGCUGAUAAGCCCAAGCUAUCUGCGGGUGACACUAAAGCGAAAACAGGUUUUGAAAUUAGCAUAGGAUACAGCUUCUUGGAAUUUGCAGGGCUUUUUGAGGGGAAAAAACAGAUAGCAGAGUUUCUGCAUGAGAUAUUUUUGGUAGACCCGAGGGAUGUAUAUGAUCUUGAAUUAGCUGAGGCUGCAGAGGUUUACCUUGGUAUCUAUGGUGAUAUCAAUGUCCUUGAUUUCUACGGAUUGGACUAUGCAGCAGAGACUGUGCUCAAUACCGUUGCAAGUUUUAUAGAACUUUCCUGCAAAUCAGCCAUUAACAUAUACUUUUCCGAAAAAGACAAGCCAAUACCAAAAUACCUUGCUAAUUCUGAAUGUUUCGGAUGUCUUGAAAACGAGGUUUGGUGUAUAUUGAUGAAUGCUUCUUUGUGCAUGGAAAAGGUUAAGUGCAUCGAGAAUCUAAUCAAGCUACCGAAGUUUGCAAACGAUACUGAUUUAGUGCGUAUUAGUAUUCUGGUGGAAAGUGAUACGACAGACUUUGUCAUUGACGAAAUACUUAAGGUAGCCAUCAAACAACAACUUGCCGAACAAAUUAUGUGUCCAUCGAAUAUAUUAACAAGGGUAGACAUUGUUCACUUGGAACAGUUACAUUAUGAAAUAGGAUUGCAGAUCAACAAUCAAAAUAACCUAACCGAACUUGAAGAGUUCACCAUGAAACUGUACAAGCUCACUGAUAUUGGAAUUCUCAAAUUUGUUACUCAGAGUGCGAUACUCACUUCAGUACAGGAAAGUUUUUUGUAUCAACAGCGUAUAUAUGGCUACACGAAGGAAGCAGAAAAGCAGACAGCAUCGUCAGUAGGGACUUAAAUCAUCAUCGGGGUUAUUCUGCUGCUAGUUUUCAUCGCCCUCUGUUUGACUUUGUCUCUAUCGUUGCGUGCUAGGA